GUUUUCCCCGGUAGAUUAUUUACAGUAGGCUACCUUUUUCUCAUAACCCAAGGGAUAUUCCGCAACUGUUACAAAUGAAGAAGGAACUGGCACCAUACUGGAACCUUUCUGUCACAGUGCUACGAGGAAAGUUCAAGCAUACUUAUGACUACCUUUCAGACCCGGACCUCUAUGUGACCCUGUGCCUGCCCACUGCCUCAGCUUGUACUCAGAAAACCAAGACGAUUAAUAACUGCAAGACACCUGAGUGGAACGAGACCUUCCACUUCCAUGUCUCCAGCCUAGUCAAGAAUGUUUUGGAGAUAAAAUUGUAUGAUAGUGACCUAGUGCUGGACGACAAAUGUUCCAUCAUUCUGUUUGACAUCAGCACCCUUAAACUGAAUCAGAAUGAGACAAAGGAGUUCAUCACAGAUGACAAGUUGCUGGACAAGCUCUGGGUGGAAUUUGACAUGACAGAGAGUCCUGAAGCUCAUGCUCAGUACCUCUCUAAUGGAGUCCUAUUGGCUGCACCUUUGUCUACUGUCGAGGUAAAGUUGGACAACCUCCCUGCCAAUGUUAAACAGAACAUGCUGUUAAAGUUGCAUGGAGCACAUAAUGAAGUUCAAACAAUCUCAACAUCAGAGGGAAGCGGCCUCAUACAGGCUAUUCGAUACUGCAUCAAUAAAAACCUGGCAACCCAGAUUGAACUCUUAAUGGGAAAAAAUAAUGAAAUCCCACCAGCAGUUCCUGUAACCAAGUUUGGACCCACAAGUGAAUUUACACUUGUUCUUCCUGUGGCAGAGGAAAUGGUAAAUUUACAUUUGAACACAGUGGACAGCCCUGAGGAGGACAUGAAGGUGCGUCUGGAUUUUGACAUACCAGCAGAAGAAAAGGCAUUUCUGGUGAAAAGGAUGGAGGUGGUGUCUCGUGCACUGCAGACAUUUUUAAACCUUAAAACUCCUCCAAAUCCCUCCAAGGUGCCGAUUGUGGCAGUGGUGUGUUCAGGAGGCGGCUCCAGGUCCAUGACAGGCACAUACGGCUCUUUAAAAGGACUGCAGAGCCUCGGCCUGCUCGAUGUCAUCACCUACAUCACCUCUGUGUCUGGCUCCACCUGGACCAAUGCAAGCCUCUACUCAGACCCAUUUUGGUCAAAGGGAGGCCUGGACAAAGCAAUAGAAUCUGCACAGAAGGAGCUGUCUAAGAGCACAGCAAGUCUGUUCUUACCUGCACAGCUGUACCUUUAUCACUCCGAGCUGCAGAAAAGGGAGAAAGAAGGCUACUCAGUCUCACUCAUCGAUACCUGGGGACUCAUUAUAGAACAGCUUGUCUUUGGGAAGAAACAAACAGGUACACUGUCUGACCAAAAGAUGUCAGUCUUUGAGGGCCAGAAUCCGCUUCCAAUCUACACAGGAGUGAACAUGAAGAAGGGAGCCAAUGGAGGCUUAGUGCCUGAGUGGUGCGAGUUUACCCCAUUCGAGGUGGGGUUCUCCAAAUAUGGAGCUUUUGUUCCCGCAGAAAAUUUUGGAAGUGAGUUCUACCUGGGUCAUGUGGUUAAGAAGCUGCCAGAAACGCGCAUCUCCUUUCUUCUGGGUAUGUGGAGCAGUGUUUUUUCUGCUAACCUGAUGCAGCUCUGGACAGCUUUUUCUGGUGUAAUACCUUCCUGGGCUUCCUGGCUGGUAGACAAAGUUGACAUACUUGAGACAGAUAAUAAAUCUCCGACAUUGGAUACUGUGCGGAUCAGUCCAGAGGCUUCAGUGCUGAACAGCUUUCUGAAUUAUUGCCCCAUUGUCAGUAGUGUGUAUAACUUCCUGAAAGGAUUCUCCAUCCACAACUUGUACAGAAAAUGUCCAGGAUUCAACACCACUAAUGAGUCACACCCAGAUGCAUUUCCAAACAAGCUCACCCCUGCGGACUCCACUCUAGGCUUGGUGGAUUCAGCAUUUGCCAUUAACAUGGGUUUCCCUCCUGUGCUACGGCCCCACAGACAUGCUGAUGUCAUUCUGUGCCUCGAAAAUAGCUGGGAUGUGGAUUCUUUAACGACCCUGAAGAAGACUCAGCAAUACUGCAGUGACCACAAGUUACCAUUCCCAAACAUAGAUAUCACAAAGUACAAAUCUGAGCCAGCCAGGGAAGUGUAUGUGUUUGAAGAUGAGAAGAAUCCUGAUGCUCCUAUCGUGAUCUGUUUUCCACUGGUCAACGUCUCCUUCAAAGAGUAUAAAGCACCAGGAAUAAAGAGAGGAGACGAUGAGCUAAAUGAAGGAAAUAUUGAUGUGAGCUCCAGCAACUCUCCAUACAAUACCAUCAACCUUACAUUUAAGUCGGAAGACUUCCGAAGACUGGUGGACCUCACCUCCUACAACAUUGUGAACAACAUAAAAGUCAUCAGAAAGAUACUGAAAAAAGCUCUAAACAAAAAAAUGACUUCAAAAAAUUGCAUACUAGCAUAACCAGUGGGAUAAGGAAUUUUACUUUACAGUGGUUGUGUUGUGUAUUUUGGUCAAAUCAGUUGAGAAGAAAAGAUGUGUUUUAAAACAGCAUUAAAACGAUCUUAAUAUUUUUUUCUACAGUUGAAGUAUUCAUAUACUCCAAUUAUAAUGAACUACUUUAUAAUUAACAUAAAUAGACACUUCCUUGUGGCACAGCAUAAUAGAAGGGCACAUAAUUUUCCUUUGAUUAUGUAAAGCUGCUUGGUGACAAUGACUAUUGCUUAAAGCACUCUACAAAUAAAUUUAAAUUGAAUUUUA